AUGUGGAACGGAGGAGGUGGAGAGGAGCUUGACCCGAACGUUGAAAGCCUGAGGCUCUGCGUCGAGCAAGGCAGGACGAUCCACACCGAAGCCAACGGAUUCCGGCUCGGCGAUGGCAAGCUUCUUCCCAAGGUGGGAGAGACAGCCGACGGCUGUAGGGUUUGCAAGCUGCUCUGCUGCCUUUAG